CAGCGAGGGUACUACUUGACAGUUCUUUGAGUGUUCCUCCUCAACCCUUGUGGAGUGGGACUCACGCUCCUGCAGGUCCCCAGCUACCUGUGGAAGCUACCUUCCAAGCCCACCCAGGACGCCUUUGCAACAAGAGUAUCACCAGGAGCACCACAGGCCCAGGUGCCAUGAGGAGUUCUCCUGGUCUCGGCUUCCAUGGUCCGUUGAGAGUCUGAAGAGAUGGCUGGAGCAGCAGUAGCUGGACUGAUCCCUGUGCUACACUCGGUGGCCAGUGACAAGUCCGGCUACUAUAUCGGGCGGCAGCUGUGGUUUGGCUUCAUUGCUGCGUACGGAGUGGUGGUGUACAUGGUCCGCAUACCCUGGGCCUCCGUCCAUGAAGAUUUCUGGUGCCACGGCAACAUCACUGAUCCUUGUUUGAUUGAGUGUUUUGAAAAACAUUUCAGCAGUCCUGUAGUGGGAACUUGGUACUUCUUUUUCUUCAUUUUCUUGGCCCUCUUCUUCCUCAUGGAAUUCUUCAUGGCUCAGAUUUGGCACAAGCAGAUCAAAGUCAAGUCAGUGGAAUCAGUGGCAAGUGAAAUUGAGGAGGGCUUCAUGGUGGGGAUCCAGGAACAUGUCCCUUCCCUGAAGAAGUCCAUCCUGAACUUCCACCAGGAGAAGAUGCUUUUGCUUUUGUACCUUCUUUACUUUCUCCUGCAGGUUGGUGCACAAUGCGUGUUUUUAUUCCUUCUCAUGUGCCAACACCUGCCCCUGGUGAACCAAACCAUCAUUCACUGCAGCACCGAGAGCCGCCCUGGGCCCUAUUUCUGCCUGAUCAGGGGUAUUAUGGAGAAGCAAAUGUCCAUCUACAUUCUCAUCACCUUGUCCUUCAUGAUCAUCCUCUUCUGCUCAGGUUUCUUCAUAUACAGCAUCCAUCAUUACCUGUUAAAAGGGCUUGCCAGUGCUAAGUUUUGGCUUGACUAAUUUUGGAAGAUUUUAUGGAGAGUCUUUCCUCCCUUACACUAGGAAGUUUGUGUUCCUUUAAAUAUUGUGUCUGCGGCAGGGCUUCCUCCUGCUAACUUUCUUUGCUUUAGUCCUUCAUGAAAUAAACCUUCGUUGUUCUGUUUCCUUCCUCUACAACCAGGCUCAGAUUGUCUGUGGAGUGAGUGGUACACGCU